UCGACAACGAGUUCGCUUUGACUGCCAAGACCGUUCUGCCAUCGGCUCCCCAAGAUGUGUUCGUACAAACUGCGGAGCGCCGCGUCAAAUGCGGUGGGACGUGAUCCAGUGGCUUAUUCUUGGUGACCGGGUCUGGACGCCUGGGGAGCACAGCGGAUUGAUACAUAUGAACCUCACUGCCUCACGUCCGUUGUCCAAGAUACCACGCUCUCUUACGAAUCGCAAUAAUGGCCUCAACAAUUUUCCAGCUCCUCGCUGCCUUUGCAGUGCUCAACACUGUCGUUCCUGUCGCAGCACAGGGCAACUAUUCAUCGGAUGCGAUCCCUAUCGCUCUUGGAGGCAAGGAAGCCAAAAUCAGCAAAGAGUUCAUUGAACUCAUGGCACCUGACUACAAAAUCGUCCACGUCAUUCACUCUGCUUCCGAUGGCAAAUCCGAAUUUGGUCCUCUGCUCGCGGGCGAGGCCACCAUCCCAGUCUCCGGACUCGGCUCGAACAUCAACAACCCUUCUCCAGAGGCCCCAUGGGCGAUCUUUAUUGGCGGCGGUUUCGCUGCUUCGGAAAUCAACGAGAUGUAUGGGAGUAGCUUGGCUCUUCAGACCGUUCCAUGGCUAUACCCUCCAACUACAGCCCGAGCAAACGGCACCGUCGUGCCGCCGACCGCGAUGAUUGUAGAGAGGGUUAAGGCUAUAUUUAGAGAGCAUGGAUUGGUCCCUGGAAACGGCACCAAGCCAGCUGGAGGUAUCUGGUCGUUCUAAAGAGCUUGACAUAUUGAGGAACCCAGAGCUCGAGAGCAGGAGCCCCGGCAAAUUUUCGUAUCUUCUUUUUCAUCUUCGAUACCGGGAGCUGUUAUCAGAGCGGCGGCAAGAAUUAGCAAUGCUUUGAAUGUUCAUAAGACGACAGAAUAGAGGGCUGACGGUGGCCACAUUGAGACAAACCGAUCCACCA